ACCUGAAGAAUGUAUGACUUUAGAGGAGGAGGAGGAGGAGGAGGAGGCGCGGCCCUCUACGGCAGCUGAGAGACUGGCCAAUGGCAUCAGUGGGACUGAAGACGAGGACGGGGCAGGUGAGGCCGACGAGGAAGGAGACGCAGAUGAGACGCCGACACACGUGGACACUUUCAGCUCCAAGUUUGAAAUCAACGUAGAACAGGCUGAUACUGAAGUGGAGGAAGAGGAGGAGGAGGAGGAGGAGGAGAAAGACAUCAGGGGAAACCAGGACACCUUCAGCUCUGCCUUCGAGCAAAUUGUGGAGCAGGUUCAAGUUCAUGAGGACGAGGAGGUGGAGGAGGAGGAGGACGAGGAGGCGCAGGGGAGAAGUAAGGUGGACAACAAGGACGGCUUCAGCUCCACGUUUGAGCGGAUCGUGGAGUCGGCCCUGCUGAGGGGCGGGACCUGCUACAGCAGCCUGGACUCCCUGGACGUCCUGUCCCUCACGGACGAGACGGACAGCUGCGUCAGUUUUGACGCACCACUGACGCCGCUCAUCCAACAGAGGGCGCUGUUACAGGGUCCCGAACCGCUGGAGCUGGAGCUGGCCACCGUAGAGGAGCAGGAAGGGGCCGAGGCUGGACUGGACGCCCCGGGCGCUGACCUCACUGCAGGGGAUUGGCCUGUAGGUGGCGCUGCAGCUGUGGCUGGAGCCCAGUGUGGAGGGAGCCCCCUGAGGACCACCAUACCAGGGAGCAGGUCAGAGUUCGUCCUGAGCCAGCCUGGACGCUGGGCCAUCCCUAAUGGAUACCACACAGCGUCACCAGGAGGUGGCGCUAUGAUCAACUCCGUCAGCGAUGCCAGCCUCACAGACGUCCCGUCCGACUCAGAGGAGUGUGAUCUGGGCAGUCCGGAGCGUCUGGAGCGCGGCAGCACCGACACCCUGGCCAACGGCUGCAGAGCCGACAGCGAGGCGGCCAAGAGACUGGCCAAGCGCCUCUAUCACCUGGAGGGCUUCAAACGCUGUGACGUGGCCAGACACCUGGGCAAGAACAAUGACUUCAGCCAGUUGGUGGCGUCAGAGUACCUGAGCUUCUUUGACUUCUCCGGCCUGUCAUUGGACCGAGCCCUAAGAAACUUCCUGAAGGCGUUCCCACUGAUGGGGGAGACCCAGGAGAGAGAGAGAGUCCUGGUCCACUUCUCCAAACGCUACUGUCACUGCAACCCACAGACCCCCACCGUUGAAGGUCAGAGCUGUGGCAUCAUGGAUGGAGCCCACACGUUGACCUGUGCUCUCAUGCUGCUCAACACUGAUCUUCACGGACACAACAUUGGUAAGAAGAUGUCGUGCCAACAGUUCAUCAGUAAUCUGGACGGCCUCAACAACGGCGAAGACUUCCCCAAGGAUCUAUUAAAGAUUUUGUACAACUCCAUCAAGAACGAGAAGCUGGAGUGGGCCGUUGAGGAGGAGGAGCUGAGGAAGAGCUUGUCAGAGCUGGUGGAGGAGCAGUGUGAGAGCGGGGCCAAACGUGUUGCCAGGGUAACAGACAGCAGUAACCCUUUCAUCGCCAUUCCCAUUUUGCUGAACGCCGUCACCUACAAACACGGAGUGCUGACCCGCAAGAGCCACGCAGAUAUGGACGGCAAACGCACACCCAGGGGUCGGCGUGGUUGGAAGAAGUUCUACGCGGUUCUGAAGGGGAUGAUCUUGUAUCUCCAGAAGGAUGAGUACAAACCCGAUGCUGACAUUUCAGAGGUGGACCUGAAAAACGCAGUACGAAUCCACCACGCUUUAGCCACUCGUGCCACCGACUACAGCAAGAGAGCCAACGUCCUGAAGCUGAAAACAUCCGACUGGAGAGUGUUUCUGCUGCAGGCCCCGAGUGAGGAGGAGAUGAUGUCCUGGAUCUUUCGGAUAAACCUGGUGGCGGCGCUGUUCUCAGCUCCAGCCUUUCCUGCCGCCAUCGGCUCCAUGAAAAAAUUCUGUCGCCCCAUCCUGCCUUCUUCAUCCACCAGACUCAAGCAGGAGGAGCAGCUGCGGAGUCACGAGAGUAAGUUGAAGCAGAUGAGUCUGGAGCUGGAGGAGCACAGGAUGAACCCCCCCGCUGUGGACCCCAAAAGCCGAGAGUGGGAGGAGUACAGGCUCAAAGAGCACUACCUGACCUACGAGAAGACACGAUACGAGACCUACAUCAGCCUCCUCCAGGCUAAAAUCCUGGCCGAGACGGACGACCUUGAAAAGAUUGAGGCCAGCGUGAUGGGGGGCCUCAUCAAGGACAGGAGCCUGGCCGGACGUGAGUGCCUUCUCCGGAAGACCCAGUCGUCCCCGUCCAUUAGCCAGGCUCACAGUGGAGCCAACGGGAGGUCACCUGACUGCAGUACGGCGGCUCAGCGGAGCUGA